AGGAUUUGUCCACUGCCUCACCCCUCCUCUUAGUUUAGCUGUCCUGGAGCCUGAACGUGGUCAAAAGCUCAACUCCAGAGUUCAUUGCUUUGCAAACCCUGCCAGACCGAAGUCUGAGGAAGGUUGUAAAAGAGUGUCCGGGUGUCUGAGAUUGCCAUGAAGACUCUCAUUGCUGCAUAUUUCCAAAACCAGAGUGGGAGCCAUGCCAGCAUUCAGGCUGCUCUCCGCAUGCUGCUGGCUGUGCCAUGGCCUUCAAAACGAGAUUUCUUGGCUGGCCUCCAGCUUCUGUCAGUCCUCCAGUGGAUUCUCAGUUUCUUGAUGAUGGGAACUGUUUUCCUGAUUCUCCUUAUCUAUCUGGCUUUCACCAGUUUCUGGCCCAUUUCUGCUAUCUACCUAGCUUGGCUUAUCUUUGAUUGGAAUACACCUGAGCAAGGUGGGAGAAGUUCUACUUGGGUCCGGAGCUGGUCCAUCUGGAAUUACUUCCGAGAUUAUUUUCCGAUUCGGCUGGUGAAGACUCAUGACCUGCUCCCCAGCCACAACUACAUCAUCGGGAUCCACCCGCAUGGGAUCCUCUGUGUUGGAGCUUUCUGCAACCUUGUCACUCGAUCCACCGGCUUCCAUGAAAAGUUUCCUGGGAUCAAACCCUUCCUGGCCACACUGGCUGGCAACUUCCGAUUGCCUGUCUUCAGGGAAUACCUAAUGAGUGGGGGUCUCUUCCCUGUGACCCGUAAGGCAAUAGAAUACCUCAUAUCCCGGAAUGGGACUGGGAAUGCUGUAGGGAUUGUAGUUGGUGGUGCAGCAGAGGCCCUCUCCUGCCGGCCGGGAGUGACAACGCUGAUCCUGAGUGAGCGCAAGGGGUUUGUUCGGAUGGCACUCCGACAUGGGGCCCAUCUGGUUCCUGCUUUCUCCUUCGGGGAGAAUGACCUUUUCCAGCAGGUUCUCUUCGAGGAAGGGACCAGGAUGCGGAGCAUCCAGGACAGAUUCAGAAAGCUCCUGGGCUUCUCCCCCUGCUUUUUUUAUGGAAGGGGAUUCUCCUCUGUCCGUUCCUGGGGACUCCUUCCAUUCCCCAGACCAGUCACCACUAUCAUUGGAGAGCCCCUGAUGGUGCCCAGGAUAGAGAAUCCAACCCGUGAGAUGGUGGAUCGCUACCAUUCCAUGUACAUCCAUUCUCUCCGCAAGCUCUUUGACGACCACAAAGCCACAUACGGGUUCUCAGAGACGGAUGAGCUUCGGAUCCUAUGACUGAGAUUGGCAACAAGGGGGUGGAGGGAGGAGACAAAGGUGCCAACAGGUUCCUGCCUCUCAGCAAGGGCUCCCUCACCUCUUAUACCUGGCCCAUGCUUGCCAUGCAGAAGUUCCAAGUCCCCCAGCAACAUAGCCUUAAAAAGGAUUGACUGUUUUGCCCAUGGACCCCCUGAUUUUCCUAUUUGGCCACAGUAAAGAAACUGUGCAGAGGGCAGGAAAUUAAGGCAACACCUUCUUAACUGCUGCCAGAAAUCAUUAUUUGUCAAAAAUGUGUGUGUGUGUGGGGACACAACUGAACACCAUCCAUGAGAGAAUCAUAUAACCAUAACAUUGUAGAGUUGGAAAGUACCCUUGGGAGGUCAUCUAGUCCAACCCUCUGCAAUGCAGGAAUCACAACUAAAUAAUCCCUGACAGGUGGAUAAUGGAUAAUUAAAAUCUGAGACAUAGUAUGCAUGAUUAAACUUACACAUUUGAUGAGAACUA